UAGUUAUAUGUAUACAACUAUAACGAUACCGAUGAUCGAGUGGUUUUUCGAUGGUUUUUCGUCGAGUGUCAGGGACGUGAGGCUUCCAUUGCGCAGGCGCACAGAACGCGCGAUUUUCUGCGUCUCGCAUGCACUCACAUGUACUCACAAGUCAUAUGGUCGAAACCACGUUUUCGUGCUUCCGCGCUCGCAUCUCGUGCAUCUCGCGAUCGUUUUGGAUGAAAGAAUGUUUCUUUUGAAGUGCGACGAAGGCGAGUCAUAUUGCAUGGUAAAUGACGAAGAUGUCAUUAUCGACGACGAAACGGUGAAAAAGGAGAGACUGUUCAGUUCUAUUACAAGAAAAAACAAUAUACAGGAGACGUUAUUAUGUUUUCCGGUUCGUUAUUCCUUUGUAUUAAUUGUGUUUAUAAUUUGAUAACUAGCAUAUUAGUACCUAACCUAAAACCUAAAACUUUUGAAAUUUUGUAUGCACGCUGUAGUCACAGUAUACAGUAGCGCAACUCCCUUGAUUAUGUGAAGCCAAAAUCGCAGCGCGCAUGCGCAAGUUGAGCCACUUCAUACAGUAGCGCCAUCUCAACUUUCCUCUCGUUUUCUCUUUCUGUUUUCGCUCUUUCUGUUUUCGUUCUUUCUGUUUUCGCUCUUUCUCAUAACCCCCUUGUAAAAUUUGGCGGCAUUAGCUAGUCUGUUAGCAUAUUGAAAACGUCUUGCAAGUUUGUGAAAGUGAAGUGAAGAGAAGUGAAGUGGAGUGCAGUGAACGUAAAAAAAGGAAGUGACAUUGAACCUUAAAGAGAAUUGUAGAUCUGUAUACGAGGUCUGUUCAAAAAGUAUCGCGAAUUUUGAAUUUCCGCGGGCUACGUAUAUUCGAUUUUCGAUUUUUUGUGGCGUUAUGUUGGUACUCAUGUCCCUCACUCAUGCUGACAAGUUCGGCAUUUUGAAUGUUCAGUUAAUUUUUGACAGCUAUUUUGCUUGGACGUGUUUUGGCUCGUCUUCGAUUUUUGCCUAUUCCAAGAAAUGGAUCAAAGAAUAUGUAUCAAAUUUUAUGUGAAAAACAAAAUUAAGUGCGCGGAUGCAUUCCGAAUGUUGACUGUGGCAUAUGGUGAAGCUACCUUGAACCAAAGCAACGUUUAUCGGUGGUACAAAAUGUUCUCAGAGGGCCGAGAAGAUGUGAACGACGAAGAGCGUGCCGGACGCCCGAGCACGUCAAUAACAGACGAAAACAUUGAUGAAGUGAAGAAAAUAGUAUUGGCCAAUCGUCGAAUCACCGUUAGAGAAGUUGCUGAGGAC